AUGCCAAGCACCACACCAAGACAGGCCAAGAACCACACCAAGACAUGCCAAGCACCACACCAAAACAGGACAAACACCACACCAAGACAUUCCAAGCACCACAUGAAGACAUACCAAGCACCACACCAAGACAUGCCAAGCACCACACCAAAACAUGCCAAGCACCACACCAAGACAGGACAAGCACCACACCAAGACAGGCCAAGCACCACACCAAGACAGGCCAAGCACCACACCAAGACAGGACAAACACCACACCAAAACAGGACAAACACCACACCAAAACAGGACAAAAACCACACCAAGAUAGGCCAAGCACCACAUCAAAGCAGGACAAACACCACACCAAGACAUACCAAGCACCACAUCAAAGCAGGACAAACACCACACCAAGACAUUCCAAGCACCACACCAAGACAGGCCAAGCACCACACCAAGACAUACCAAGCACCACAUCAAGACAGGCCAAACACCACACCAAGACAUACCAAGCACCACAUCAAGACAUGCCAAGCACCACACCAAAACAGGACAAACACCACACCAAGACAUUCCAAGCACCACAUCAAGACAUACCAAGCACCACACCAAGACAUGCCAAGCACCACACCAAGACAGGCCAAGCACCACACCAAGACAUGCCAAGCACCACACCAAAACAUGCCAAGCACCACACCAAAACAUGCCAAGCACCACACCAAGACAUGA